AUGGAUGUGCUUGUGUUGUGGGAAGACGGUUCGAGGAACGUCGUGUCUUCAAAUGAACUUAAAACCGAUAAAUAUAAGCGCUUUAAAGUGGGAAAUAAGGUUCACAUGAAAUAUAAUAGAAAAUGGUAUCAUGGAAUCAUUCUAGAUGUGGAAAAUCUAGUUGGCAGCGAUUCGGAGGACGACGUUCCGUUGAGCAAAUUAUUGAAAUCAUCUAGUGGAAAUGAACAGGCAACAAAUAGAAACGAAUUAGUACAUGCUGAACCAGGUGAAGUUACAACUUACAAUGACUUAUUCAUUUCUCAAGCAAAACCAGAGGAAAAGGCAGUUCUAGAACCGGAAGUUUUGCCGUUUAUUAAUGUCGGUGGAGAUAAUGAAAUACUUAAUGUUGACUCGGAUAAGGAAAAUAGCUUUAUUGACGACUACGCUUCUCCAUCAGAUGAUUACGAUUCUGAUGCCGAUCCUCCUUUUGGACAAUGUCAUGUCAAAACUUGUAAAGGGGAAGUUUUUGCGGCGUGCCAUAGAUGUGAUUUUCUACUAUGUUUUGACCAUUUCAAUGAGGAUGUGGAAAAUUUUGAGGGCGCUUCAGAAGAGAGAACGAUUGCUAAGAAAAAAAGAAUUAAUAAAUCCAAAGAAGCUAAACUUUUGCGGAACUCAGGUCAAGAGUAUUUCAGCGUAAAGACCAAAAAGAAAAUCCCAGCCAGACAAAUAAAGGAACGAUGUGACGGGCAAAAAUGUAAAAAAAUGGGAAAACAAUGUAUUGAGAUAUCUGAUGAGAUGAGGCAGGACAUUUUUAAUGCUUUCAUGGGUUUAGGGGACCUAGCAAAGCAAAGAGAAUUUUUAGUCCGUCACGUUCAAGUUCUUCCUAAAAAGAGAUCAACUACUGUCAACAGUGACUCACGUAGAAAAAAUUCCAGAUUAUACGUUUUAACAGUAAAUAACAACCAAAUCAUGGUGUGCAAGAGAUUUUUCUUCAAUACACUGGGCAUUCCCGAGAGAACAUUCCGUACAGCAUUCUCAAAAAUUACUGCAACAGGUACAAUAGAAAAGGAAAUGAGAGGGGGCAGGCAGAGAAGUGUUGCAGUUAAAAACAAGGAAAGAGAAAAUAGAAAUGAAAUCGAGGCCCACAUCGACCGAUACCCUCGCGUGGAGUCCCAUUUCUGCAGAUCAAGCACGAGCAGGAUGUAUCUCCAUCCAGAUCUAUCAUUGAAAAAAAUUUAUAAAAUGUUUGUAGAAGAACAAGAAUCCAAAAAGAACACAAACAUUCCAAGUUUAACUACUUAUCGAAGAAUUUUCAAGGCGAAGAAUCUGUCGUUUUUAAGGCCAAAGAAAGAUCAGUGCUCACUUUGCUUAUCCUUCAAAGAGGGAGACGCUGCUAUUAAAGAAGAUUUAAAAGAUAGAUACGAGAAACACAUUUUAGAGAAACAACUAGUGAGACAGAAAAAAAGUGAAAGUAAAGAAAAGGCAAAGACUGAUUCAGAUAUCCUUUGCGCGUUUUUUGAUCUUCAACAGGUGAUUUACUUACCCAUUUCACAGGAGUCUGCAAUUUUCUAUAAGUCAAGGAUGUCAGUUUUUAAUUUCACUUUUUACAAUGUAGCCACCAGAAAAUGUUACUGCUUUGUCUGGGACGAAACAAACGGGAAACGUGGGUCGACUGAAAUUGCAACUUGUCUAUUCAGAGCAAUUGGCCAAUACGUCGGAAAAGGAGUACAUACCAUAGAACUCUUCUGUGAUGGGUGCUACGGCCAGAAUAAAAAUUCGGUUGUAGCAUCCAUGUUGCUGUAUUCGUUGGCAAAAUACAACACUAUUAAAAAUAUUAGUUUGAAAUUUUUUGAAACCAAUCACGGACAAAACGAAGGUGAUAGCGCCCACAGUGCUAUUGGUUACGCGCUGGCACAUUCUGGUGACCUCUUUGUACCGUCACAACUAUACCCACUCAUUCGAGGUGCAAGAACACAACCUAAGCCGUACACUGUUAUUCCAAUGAGUUUUGGAGAUUUUCUUGAUUUCAAAACAUUUUCGAAAAAUCUAAGACUAUUAUCUGUAAGACAAAGCGAGAAAAACAGAUCUUUAAAAUGGACCGAGAUUCUGGAUCUUAGUGUCAAUAAAGAAGAACCGAUGAGCAUUUUCUUUAAAUAUAGCCACGCUGAAGAAAGUUAUGAUAAAAUUGUGCUUAAACAACGUGGUGGAAUAAGCCAUCUAAUUAUUGAUAAUUUGAAUAAAGAACAAAUUAAAAUUUCCAGAAAGAAAUAUGAAGAUUUAACUGCUCUUUGUAAACCAUCUGGCAGAAACAGAACAGCGGUAAUACGCACACCCGAACUUCAAAACUUCUUUUACUCUUUGCCGCACGAAGAAGACGAAAAAUAA